AUGCGCACUCACUUCCGUUUCCUGGACCGAGGGAGAGUCUUUGUCUUCGUUCAGCGUCCACUACAACAUCGCUUGCAAGAUCACCACCUGCUAGGUUCCCCAAUCCCAUCCUUGGACACCAAUCCGGAGGAGAGACAAACCAUGGCUUCCAUGCACUGUGCACCUGGGGCUCAGGGGCUGCUGACAUUUGAGGAGGUGGCAGUGCGUUUUUCCCGGGAAGAGUGGGGGCAUCUUGAUUCUGCCCAGAGGGCCCUCUACAGGGACGUCAUGUGGGAAAACUACAGAAAUCUGACUUUUGUGGGAUUCAUCUUUCCUAAACCUGAACUGAUCUCACAGCUGGAGCAAGGAGAGGAGCCUUGGGUUCCUGAAGGUCCAAGACCUCCUGACCUGGGACUGAUUCCAACCUUUUCUGCAGGUGACAAGCCUGAGACCUCUCCUCUGCUGAAGAAGGACUGUGAGGCCGGGGACUUCCAGCGACUCCUUUUCCAAGUGCGGCCCAGUAGAGAUGAGCCCUCCCAGGAGCCUCUGGACAAGGUUCUGUAUUGGCACACCUCUGAGGGCAAGGAGCUGAUCCCUUGUGCUGCUGUUGACUGUGCUUGGCCCCCGCGUCCUUCCCUGGACCCGCCCAAGCCUUACCAGUGUCCACAGUGUGGCAAGGGUUUCAGCCACAGCUCCAACUUCAAUCGCCACUGGCGCAGCCACGCAGUGGAGAAGCCUUUUCAGUGUCCCAAGUGCAACCAGCGCCUGAGCUGGAGCUCAGACCUGACGCGCCACCUGCGCACGCACAGCGGCGAGCGACCCUUCCGGUGCUCGCUGUGCGGGAAGGGCUUUGGCCUCAGCUCAGACUACGCGCGCCACCAGCGCACUCACACCGGCGAGCGGCCCUUUGCGUGCCCCCAGUGUGCGCGGAGCUUCAGCCGCAGCUCCGACCUGGCCACGCACCAGCGGGUCCAUACGGGCGAGCGGCCGUUUCGCUGUGCCGACUGUGGCCGAGGCUUCAGCCGCAGCUGGUCGCUGCUCACACACCAACGCGUCCACACCGGGGAACGGCCCUACCGGUGCAGCGACUGCGGCAAGUGCUUCCGAAUCGGCCAGGACCUAGUCAAGCACCGGCGCACCCACACAGGCGAGAGGCCCUUUAAGUGCCUAGAUUGUACCAAAUGCUUUAGCCACAGCGCCAACCUAAUCACGCACAGGCGCGUGCACACUGGCGAGAAGCCCUACAAGUGCCAGGAAUGUGAGAAGAGCUUCAGCCAGAGCUCGCACCUCAUCAUCCACCAGAGGGCGCACACGGGCGAGCGCCCCUACCACUGCGUUGACUGCAACAAGAGCUUUAGUAGUCGCUCCUACCUCCUCAAACACUGCAGGGUCCACAAUGGCGAGAAGCCCUAUGGCUGCAGUGUGUGUGGGAAGCAUUUCAGUCACAAGAACAACCUUAUGACGCACCAAAAAGUGCACGGGGCAGACAGGCAGCCCAGGGUGACACCCUGUGGCCUGACUGAGCCUGGGCCUGGAUCCUGA